CUUGUAGCUUUGGGCAGACACAACCACGACACAAGACCAUCAUUCCACGAGCAGAUCGACAGGGCCGGGAAGAGCAAGUUUAGGAGCAACCAACCAAGGAUGAAGAGUAGCACGCUGGUGGCGAUCCUGGUCCUCCAGGCCGUCAUGGUCAUGGGGAUCCUCGCACACUCACAGGCAGCGGACACGGACGACGAUUUCCCCAAGUGCUGCGACCACUGCAACUCCUGGUCGGGGGCCCAGUUCUGCGACGACGUCGGCCCCAAGUGCCGCGACGGCUGCGUCAACUGCCGCGUGGUGCAGACCCGCCCCGUGAAGACAUUCCGGUGUGGAGAUGGACGCUCCGCCUACCCAUACAUCCCUGCCCGCCGCCGUGCAAAAAGAACUGAUCGCUCCACCUCAUCACACAGUGAGAUCGAUGUCGGGCCGGAAAGUAGUAGUACGUAUAAAAUAAAAAAGGCUCCGAUGAGAUGCGCAGAGCCGUUGUGGUUGUACAUGCAUGUCUGUCGCCUACGCCCAGCAACAACUGUCGUCGUUCUCUCUACUUUGAGAGAUACAACAUAUAGUUGAUGUUGCUCCGUAAUAAAUAAAUAAAUAAGCUUUGUAAAACCUGGUUCCAUGUCCCGCUGGUAGGCAUUACAGUGAUUCAAAAGA